GAAAAACCCUAACCCUAAAAAUCUUCCACCUUCCCCGCUGUCAAGAAGAAGAAAACUUAAGAAAGCUUCUUCUGUUGAUCUCCUUCUUGACGAUACAUCAUGGGUAAAGUUCACGGAUCUCUAGCUCGUGCUGGUAAGGUGAGAGGCCAAACCCCUAAGGUGGCAAAGCAGGACAAGAAGAAGAAGCCUCGCGGUCGAGCCUACAAAAGGAUGCAAUACAACCGCCGGUUCGUCACAGCAGUUGUUGGUUUUGGAAAGAAGAGAGGACCCAACUCAUCUGAGAAGUAAGGAUGGAAUGAAGGCAUGGCUUACUGGGUGUUUUGAUUACUGUGCUAUUGUUAUUAUUUUUCAUUUUAUAUGGAAUUUUAAUUACUACUUAGUGGUGAAGUACAUUGACCAGGUUUCUUAAUCUAGAUAACAUGUGAUUUUCAAUUCAAUUUGCCUUUUGUUCAGUA